UUGACGCGUAUGAUACCUCAUAGGCGCAUAUAAAAAACCCCUCCGGAUCCUUUAAACCAUUCUGCCGUAUUUGUCUUGCAUUGUCUCUCUCUCUACACACCAGAAUUCUCCGGUAUCCCAUUCCGGCGCUCGAUUCCCGUUCCGGCAUUCAAUCAUCAUGAGUUACAAUCAAGGUCCCCCUCCCGUCGGUGUGCCGCCUCCUCAAGGUUAUCCGCCGGAAGGAUAUCCCAAGGAUGCUUAUCCUCCGCCCGGUUACCCGCCCCAAGGGUACCCCCAACAAGGUUACCCUCCUCAGGGAUACCCUCCCCAGGGCGGUUACCCUCCACAGUAUCCUCCGCCGCAGUACGCCGCCCCGCCGCCUCAGCAAUCUGGUAGCUCCGGCUGCUUGGAAGGAUGUUUGGCUGCUCUGUGCUGUUGCUGUCUCUUAGAUGCGUGCUUUUGAGGUUGAUGAUGAACUGCAGUGGAAAUGGUUGGCUAUGGAGGGGGCGAACAGGAGUACAUUCAUAUCCCAUUACACCUGCAAAAAGGAUCUUUUACGAACAAUGGAUUAUCUUAUCUUAGUCUUGUAGUUGUCUUUCGUUCUUCUUAGUUAAAUUAGCUUUUGAUAAAUAAUUUGCAGACAGACUUCCUCAGAACUUCCUAUCGAUUUUAUGAUGCUUCAAAGUGUGAAAUACCAUGUAAAUUUCAAGAGAUCCUAAUUUCUUUUAUGUGGAUAUACAACUCCUGCUUCUUCUUCUUC